AGAAGGACCAGCUCCUCUCUCUUCCAGCUUUCUUCAAACACCAAAUCGAAGAAAAGGGAAGAAGACGUCUGGUCACUUCGAGACCCAUCCUCCAAAACCAGUACAACGACAGAGGCAACCAGUUUUGAGCGCAAGGUUUGAGGAUCGACGAAAUGAAGAAAAAGGGAAGGUGGCUUUGCGAAAUUUGAAAGGUUGGAGCAACAGAUAGAGACUGAAACUUGCAAAGUGUACAUAAAGUUUCGGGGGAGUACAGAGGUCGAAUAAGAAGAAGUCGAGCCCUGAAAUUGUAAGCAGUAAAAAGAAAUUCGUGAUCGGUGUCGUUACAAACGUUGAGGACUCGAUCGAUGAAAAAGGAACAAUCGUGGACCUUGCAGCGAUGAUCGAUGACUGGUUCAAUGGAAUUUUGAUGAAAUCAAGAUAACGAACAACAAAAGAGAAAGAUAAAUGUUGAUUUUAAAUUUGGACUAACAGUGUUUGUUAGAGAAAUAAGUAAGCCAGGGAAAAGGAUUUGAAGAUAUCAGAUAUCUAUGCUGGCCUCGCCUAGUCUUUUACGGAGUUGUCAAUCUAACAAAACGGUAGAAACGUUAAAUGCCAAGUGACAGACUUCUGAAUUGUAUCUAACGAGAAACUGUACAGGAAGAAAUAAUUUUGGGAGACAGUGGUGACUUUGGGAAGAAACACGUUUUAUGAUUUUGUGUUCGUGGGUUAAAAUUUAAUAGACCCUCCCUCUAUCGCGAGUAUUUCAAAAGAAAAACAUUGAUAAAUAAAGAAGAAUUCGUGCAUAGAAGAAAUUCGUGUAAAUUAGGAAAAAAGAAGAUAUGCAAAGAAAAAUGUUGAAAACACUGUAAUUGAUUGUAUUUUAUUGCCCCCAAAAAUGGCGCAGUAUCCACCAUCCAACGAGGAUAUGAAUAGAAACGAGGAGAAAACUUCACCGGUCGAAUUGAAUGGCCACGUCGAGAUUUCUUACCCGAUAUCGAAAUUUCGACAAGCAUUGCCACAAUGUUGCGCAGUCUGCGCGAAAAAUCUUCUGAUGAUCACUUUUGGAUCCACUCUGGGAUUCUCCACUAUUCUGAUACCGGAACUGCAGAAGGAGAAUUCGGAGAUCCCGGUCACCUUGGAGGAACUGACGUGGAUCAGUAGCUUGAAUCUGUUUCUCGUACCGAUCGGUUGUUUCGUCAGCGGGCCGGUGUCACAAUACCUCGGCCGAAAACGGACCAUGUUGAUGACCACUGUCCCAUUCAUAAUAGCAUGGUUGAUUUUCCACUACGCCACCAACGCCGGGAUGCUGUUCAUAGCGUUGGCCAUGACAGGGUUGACCGGCGGCCUCCUCGAGGCGCCAGUGAUGACCUACGUGGCGGAGGUGACGCAACCCCAUCUUCGCGGCAUGUUGUCUGCCACCUCGAGCAUGUCCAUCAUUCUGGGCAUCUUCACGCAGAUGCUGAGUGGGAAGCUCGCCAACUGGAGAACGGUCGCCAUGAUCAAUUUGACUUACCCCCUUAUCUGCUUCGUCGCCCUUUGCAUGGUGCCGGAGAGUCCGUACUGGUUGGCAGCGAAGGGUCGUUUGAAGGAAGCGGAGAGCGCUUUGUGUUGGCUUCGAGGCUGGGUUGGUCCGGGCCAAGUGACGUCAGAGUUCCAAACCGUAUGCCAGGACGUUCACAAGCCCGCAGAAUCGCUGGAGAAGUCCUGGAAGGCCUACACAAAGAGAACCUUCUACUUGCCCUUCAUUCUGGUCACUUUUUCAUUCUUCAUCGGGUCGUUCGGUGGAUCUAACACUCUUCAGACCUACGCUGUGGUGAUCUUCAAGGAGCUGAACGCUCCCAUCGAGAAGUACACCGCCGCGGUGUUCCUUGGCCUGGCUCAAUUGGUCGGCACGCUGAUCUGCGUUUUCGCCAUUCACUUCACCGGGAAACGAAUGCUGAACUUGUUCUCCAUCGCGGCCACGGCUCUCUGCCUCUGCCUCGCGGCCAUUUAUGGUUAUUUGAACGACAGCAGCACGGUAAAUACUGAGAAUUACACCUGGGUUCCAACCACGUUGAUGAUAGGAGCAGCGUUUUUCUCUCAUAUUGGAAUCAGACUGUUACCGUGGAUCCUUGCUGGAGAAGUGUUCCCUGUGAAGGUACGGAGCAGCGCGACGGGGACUGCUGGCUCCAUGGGCUAUAUCUUCAACUCUGUCGCGAACAAAAUCUUCCUGUACAUGGUGAACGGGAUGUCCUUGGCCGGCACAUUCUUUUUCUACGGCUUGAUGAACGUCGCUGGCGGCGUGACGCUCUACUUUAUACUGCCCGAGACGGAGGGUAGAACCUUGAAGGAGAUCGAGGAUCACUAUGCCGGCGUACAGAGCUUGAAGAACAAGCCCAAGAAGGAGGACUUGCCGUUCAAAGAGAAGUGGGCAGCCACGAAUCCGGCUGUGAUCUACGACGACACGGAAAGCAAAAUGUGAACCCAUGUUUUAGUUGACUCUCUGGAGGAACUAUGACUUUGAAAAUGAUGCAAUUUCAACAUUAUCGUUCGAUGUUCCUUGUUCCUUUUAUGGAAGGUGAUAAAAACUGGUUUGCUUUAACUUUACUAUUAUCGAUGCUAGAUAUUUACAGAGACGGGUACGUAAGCGGAGAGAAUUUAUUUUUAUUAAUUUUCGUAACGUUAGAUAAGGCUACAUGUUACAACGUUUCACGCGAAGAGUAAUAGCUAGCUGUUAUUGUAAAUAAAAGAUUCCACUAUAUAGU